UUUCCGAGAAAAAGGAGCAGUUGAAAGAAGGCUUGAAGCGGAAGCAGAGCAAAUAAGAAAUAAAUGAAAAUUUAGAUUGCAGAGUUCAACCUUCUCACUUUUCAUUAAUCUUCCGCUCUUCCUCUUCUAUUCCUUGCUUCUCCUCGAUCUUCUUCCAUUUCUCUGCUCCGCAAGUAUCGAACCUUGUUCUCUGGUCUACUUCUCUUGUCUGGACCUUGAAUUUUGUGGGUCUCUGUUUCUCCCCUGUUUUCGAAGUUGCAGACCAGUUCGUCGAGAUGAUUCAGCUAUUUUUUACGGUCAUAACUGCCGAGAUGGCUCUGAUUUUGAUCCUAUUGUUUAAAACCCCUCUGAGAAAGUUGGCGAUCUUAAGUUUGGAUCGGGUGAAACGAGGGCGGGGGCCAGUGGUGAUGCAAACUGUUGGAGGGACCGUAUUCGUGGUCUUCUUGUCCAGUGUGUACAGCAUGAUGAAGAUCCAGAAGCGUACCAUGGAUGAAGGUGCCGUUAAUCCUACUGAUCAAGUUCUUAUGGCCAAGCAUCUGCUGGAAGCGUCUCUUAUGGGAUUCUCCCUGUUCCUUGCAUUGAUGUUAGACAGACUACAUAAUUAUAUCAGGGAACUGCGCUUGCUGAGGAAGGACAUGGAGGCCGUGAAAAAGCAAAACCGAAGUUUUGAGGAUGGGAAGAAUGGGGCUUCAGAGGAAAUGAAAGCUUUGGAGAAUGAGGCUGCUACCUUGAGGGAGAAGGUAAAGCACCUCGAAACUGAAUGUGAGACAAAGACAAAAGAGGCCAGGGCUGGAGGAGCAAAUGCAAUGGCUCUGAAGAAGCAGUCAGAAGGGUUCCUUCUUGAAUAUGAUCGCUUGUUGGAGGACAACCAAAACCUUCGGAACCAGCUGCAAUCAAUCGACCGAAGGUUGUCGCAUUCUGAUAGCAAGAAGAAUACAUAAGAUGUCCAUGGACUUUUGUUGAACAGUUUUUUCACUUUCCAGACUCCUCGUUGGACGUCUGUUCGAGGUCUAUCUGGCUCAGUACCAUAGGUGUGUGACAUCAAGGAGAGGGGUGAAACAAUGCUAAUGAUUUGAGGCUUUGUUUCUUUUAUCUUUUUCUAUCUGGUUUGUAUAAUCAGUCUUAGGCUUUUAGCAAGGGCAAAACAUUUGACUAGUCAAUUUUGUAUCAGUUGAUUUGCAUACAUAAUUUAAGACUGAUAACUGAGAUUGGCAGAUGUGAAAUGGACAGAAAUAUACUUGAAAUCUGUUAUUCUA